AUGUUUUAUAUAUUAUUACUUAUUUCUUAAGUGUAUUCCUAAGAUGAAUACUUGUGUGGAAAAGGAGAAAGACAAUCCCCCAUCAGUAUAACAGACACAUUUGUAAAUUAUUAAUAAUAUAUUUGUCAUCAAUCAGGAUGCUAAAUACUAUAAACUUGAAUUAAGGUUUAAGGAUGAUGUUCUAGUAGGACUGAGAGAAGAGGACACUGAAUCUAAGAGAUAUAUAUUUACAGAUGAUCCUAGUAGACAAAUACCAGAAUUUAGAAUGUUAGGACAUGAUCCUCAUGGAUUAAUGGUUGGUUAUAGACCAACAGAAUUCUAAUUAAUUGCUCCAGCUGAACAUUAGAUUUUUGAAUAAUCCUUUGAUUUAGAACUAGUUAUAUGGGGAGAUUUGCUUAAUAUUUACAAAAAUCCAAAUAUUAAAGGAGGACUCUCCUUUUUUUUCAAAAUUACAAAUUAAGAUGAGACGAACUAGGAUAACGAAACAACAAUCAGCUAUCCUUAAAUUUUUAAUGUAAUUUAGAAUACUAUUUCAAGUUAACUGAAGAUGGUGACUAAUUAUCAAUCAAUAUGAUUAAUUUAGCCUCUCAUUUAAAAGGGAAUGACAAAUAUAUCACUUACAGAGGCAGUUUAACUUGGGGGGAUUGUGAUGAAAUUGUAGAUAGAUUUUUAAUACCUUAAGUGUUUCCAAUUACUUAAGAUCAAGUAUAAAAAUUUUAAUUAUUUUCAGUAUGAUUAAAUAGUUUCUCAGAAAUAAAUAAGCAAUCCAAAUCCUUUAUAAGAAAUAAGAAAAAGAAGAAUUGUAAGGGGUAGUUUAAUAAUAGAAGAUGAAACAUCAGCAAAUUAUAAUCCAAUCUAUAGAUUUUUGUCCUUAACUUUUAUUGCAUUCUUAUUUUUUUUAAUUUUUGCAUUGUUUAUAAAAGAAUAAAGAGAAAAAAGAAGAAUGGACCAAGCUAAAAAGUUCAAAAGUGGAAAUUGAC